UAGAAGUCGAUUGUUUGAUUAACCAGAAAGUUCUAGAAGAUGACGGACAAAGGUGCACACCUUUAAUAGUUGCCGCGCGUUAUGGACAUAACAAAGUAGUCAGAAUGUUGCUUGACAAGUUUAAACCUGAUUUAGAGCAGGAAGGAACGGUGAAAUUCAAUGGAUACGUUAUCGAAGGAGCUACUGCACUUUGGGCUGCAGCAGGAGCAGGACACUUAAACGUUCUUAAAACUCUCGUGAAGGCAGGAGCAAAUGUCAACCAUACAACGAAGACUAAUUCUACCCCGCUUCGAGCGGCAUGCUUUAAUGGACGUUUAGACAUUGUUAAAUAUUUGAUCAAUCAUCAAGCAGAUAUAAAUAUUCCUAAUAUGUUUAACAAUACUUGCCUCAUGAUAGCAUCGUACAAAGGACACUUGGAUAUUGUUAAUUUUCUAUUAGACAAAGCGGCAGAUCCAAACAAGAAAGCUUAUUGUGGGGCAACGGCAUUGCAUUUUGCUGCUGAAUGUGGACAUAAUACUAUCGUGUACGAGUUGUUGAAACAUGGAGCGCAAAUGACGAAGAAUGUGAGUGGUAUGACGCCUUUAAUAACGGCUGCCGAACGGACGCGCGAGGAAGUCGUUGAAUAUCUAGUAAAAAGGCCAGAAGUGACAAAGGAAGAAAAAAUAGAUGCUUAUGAACUACUUGGAGCAUCGUACGCUAAUGAUAAAGAUAAUUAUAGUCUAAAUAUGGCAUACACGUAUUUAUGGAAGGCGAUGCAACUAAGGUAUAGUGAUACUGAAAAUAUUAUACAUAAGCAACUAGGUUCAACUGUGAAAGCAUAUGAGAACUGGAAAGAAUGCGAAACAAUAGAAAGUUUAGAAAGUAUUAAAUUCAAUCCCAAUGCUAUACAUAUGGAAUCGCUUGCUAUUCGGGAGAGAAUAUUAGGUCUCCAUAAUCCGGAACUGCCACAUCCUAUAGUAUUCAGAGGCGCUAUAUUUGCAGAUAACGCCAGAUUUGAUAGAUGUAUAGAUUUGUGGUUGCACGCUUUGAAAUUACGACAACUCAAUGAUAUAUCCGUUGUAACAGACCUCCUUCGAUUUGCGCAAGUUUUCUCGCAAAUGAUACACGUGGGCGUCGAUCUAGAUAUUUCUCAAGUGAUAAAUGUUCUGGAAGCAAGCGUAACAGAGUUGAAUAGAAACAAGGUCAAAAUCCAGAAUCCGGAUUCUAAGGAUGACAUCGAUCAAUGUGUUGAAGAGAUGGAAUCGAAUAUUACAACAACUCUAUACAUUUUAACGAUUCUGACAAAAUUGAUGACUCUUAAUGGAAACAGUGAUGAAUCAGAUUUGACACAGGCACAUCAUCUAGUACACAAAUUAUGUGCGUUAAAAGUAUGUUUAAAAGAUGGACAAACUUUACUACAUCUUGCUGUGAAUGCUGAAACUCCUGUCGACGAUUUUCAUACUAAUGAUGUCUGCAAAUUUCCGUGUGCAGCUACAGCACGAUUAUUAAUUCGUUGCGGUGCUGACAUAAAUGCGAUGGAUAAUGAAAGAAAUACGCCGCUUCACGUUAUUGUUGGUUACAGUAAAGCAAUUAGCGAUUUUGCGACCUUACAUUCAAUUAUAAUAGAUCUGAUUGAAGCUGGAGCACAUAUGGAUACUGUAAACAAUAGAGGUCAUACCCCGUACGAUGCGGUUACUACGGGUGUAGCUAAAAUAAUAUUACGUACUCGGACCAAAUUGUCCUUAACGUGUAUGGCAGCCAAAGCAAUUAAGACUUAUGACCUACCAUAUCGUGGUAACGUUCCACGUUCACUUGAAAGCUUUAUAGAACUUCAUGGGCCUGGACUUAAUCAGAGUUGACAAGUCUUUAACAUUGCCACAAAAAAAUCAAAAUUUUCUUAUACAAAGCAUAUAAUACUUAAUAUUUUUAUACAAAAAAUACGGUAAAUAUUCGAAUAAUUCAAAAUUUUAUCACAUAAUUUAAUCUAUAUGGAAUCAGGAUUUUCAAUCUCAUGAAAAACACCGAUGUGUGAUUUAAACAAAAUUGUAUAAAAAUUAUCACAUGAAAGAUGUUUUACGAUAUAUAUGUAAGAUUGAUACAAAUCUUGUUCAACGAUGCUCUGAGAUAUUGUGUCUUUUUAUAUUAAACGUACUUUUUAGAUGAUAAAUAGUAUUGCUACAUAAGUCGUGUUCCGAUAUACAUUAUUGGUUCUAAAAAUCUACAGUUCACGUUAUGCAUACCGCAGAUUUUCAGUACUGACAAUAUAUCGGAACACAGCUAUAGUCGCUGCGUUAUAAAAUAUUUUAAAUAAUUAGCCACUGUGCAUUCAAUUUUUGUUGUCGUUUUCACCAAUUUUAAUUGUAAUUACUGUGAUAAAUAAAAUCAAAUUAAAUAUACUUUUCAAGUUAUACAAAUUGUGUGAGUUAGAUACUUUUUGCACGUAUUGUUCGAUUAUGUGCUGCUAUUCCUCUUUGUUAAAGACGUCUGCUGUAAUACGAUCUGGAAAAGCAUAAAAUAUAUAUUUUCGUUAUUGCUAUAUUAAAUUUAUUUAAUAUUUACACACGCACUCUCUGUAUACAAUCGUGUGAAAUUAGGAAGAUAAUAGUAAAAUAUAUAAGAAUAUACAUAUCGCACGACACUUUACAAUAUAUUAUUUACAAUGUUUACACAGACUCGUUUAUCUUAUCUAUUUUACACAUUUUACAACGGCGCUCGCUUAUCAAUAACACUUCUGUACAAAUAUACACGUGUGUUCAAAAUCUUUUGGCAAAAAGAAAAAAAAA